AUGACUACCCUCAACAACUCUUCUCAUGCAAUGGCCAGCGACCUUGAUCUCGAACGGGGUGGUUCUACUGACAGAAUCUCUCAUGUCGAGAAUGGCAAGGAUGGCCGUGUCCUUGAAAACGGAGAGUAUCUCAUCAUCGCCGGUACUCGAUACCACAGGAACGAGUUCAUGCAGGCGUUUGGAGGUACUCUGAACCCUGGAUCCGCCCCUGCUCCCUCUAGAAAAUUUGGAAAUGCUGCUCCCAUCGGUCUGUUUGCCUUCUCCGUGACAAUGAUCAUUCUUGGCUUCUGCACCUGUGGAGUCCGAGGUAUUGGAGCUCCUAAUGUCAUGGUUGGAUGCGCCAUCUUCGGUGGAGGUCUCUGUGAACUCAUUGCCGGUAUCUGGGAAAUUGUCGCCGAAAACACCUUUGCGGCCUGUGUCUUCCUCUGUUUCUCCUGCUUCUGGUUCUCUUGGGCCAUGCUCAACUUACCUAUUGGAAUCGAAAAGUACUACGCCACAGAAGAUGAGUUUGCCCAAGCUGUUGGAGUCUUCCUCAUGGGCUGGUUUGUCUUCUGUGUACUGAUGACACUGUGUACACUGAAGGCGACGGUUGCCUUUUUCGUCAUGUUUGUGUCUCUGGACCUCGCGGUCAUCUUCCUAGCUGCUGGUAACUUCACUGGAAAUCCCCGUCUGCUCGUUGCUGGUGGUUCUUUCUGCAUUUCCACCGGUCUCCUGGGCUGCUGGAACGCAAUGGCUGGUGUUGCAACUCCUCAAUCCACUUACAAGUGGUUCAUUCCCGUUCCCAUCAUGAUGCCUGGUGCCCACAAGCCAAAGAUGACUUGA